CCCACCUUUGCGGGUCAGGUGACAUUUCUGGGUCUAAGUAUUUGUUCCUGAUCAAGUUGCUUCACUUGAUCCCCCAGUCGUUGUUGAGACCGAGCCACUUGGUAACUACCGCCGUGGCAACCAAAGCUUCCUUCCACCUCUGCUCUUGUUGUUUUGCUGAAAAUUGGGGAAGAGCGAAAAUGCAUCAACGUUCUCAAAUUUCUCUCUGUAAAUUGUUUUUCAGACACCCUUUUCAACGAUUUCCAAUACCCACUUCUGCAUCUUCCCUUAAUUCGCUCGCAGCGGUUCCAACUCAACUCGUUUCAGGCUCGGUCUUGUUUCCAAGACCCAAGUUUUCCAUUACACCCACCUCAAGUUUCCACCAUCUCCCUCAUCUAACUCUCUCAAACGCGCAGACCCAGUUGAUGAAAUACAGUGCUGCGACUGGUGACUCAGUGGCCGAGUUGGACAAGAACAAAGAGGUGGACAUGAUCAACCUCAAGUUUGCUGAAGCUAGAGAGGAGAUAGAGAUGGCUAUGGAUUCCAAAGAGACUGUGUAUUUUGAUGAGGAAGCUGAGUGUGCUCGGGCUGCAGCGAAUGAAGUGGUCGAAAUGUUUGAGGGGCUAUUGGCGAAGCUGCCGGAGAGCGAAAAGGCGGCCUUGCAGAGGUCAAUGGGGCUGAAGAUUGAGCAGUUGAAGGCUGAGCUUCAGCAAUUGAAUGAGUAAUGAGGUUGGUGAAAAUGGGUUUUGUUCCAAUUUUCAUUUGGAUUCGCUGAUUUAUUUGUUCUUUUUAGCUUAUUGUUUGUUGAGGACAAAUUGGAACGUUAUAUUUUAGGUGAAAGAGUUGGUGAUUGCGGCGAAAAUUUGUAGUAGUUAAAAAUAGAGAGGAAUUUUGAACAAUAAUUUCGCAGUUUGUUAUUCAAAAUGGAUGUUGCCAACUCUGAAAUUGAUGUACUUCAAAUUGGUACUGCAUUCAAUGGCUUAUGGAACUUAGUAUUACUGUUGUUUAUUUUUCUAUAAUUGUUGCAUUAUCAUACGAUCUAGUUAAGCUUGCUAUUAUUUU